CGCACACGGAAGGAGGAAAGGCGGAGGAGAGGGCCGGCACUCAGGAGCCGAGUUCUCUGGCAAUGGCCUGUACUAUAGAGAAGAUUCUGACUGAUGCAAGAACGCUGCUGGAAAGGUUGAAGGACCAUGACAAUGCCGCUGAGUCUCUCAUUGACCAGUCCACUGUUUUGCACAAGCGAGUGGUAGCCAUGAAAGAGGCUGGCACAGCCCUUUCUCACAAGUACCAAGAAGAUGCAGCUGAGCUGAAGGACAUGUCAAAAUACAAACCUCACAUCCUGCUAUCACAGGAGAACACACAGAUCCGAGACCUGCAACAGGAAAACAAAGAAUUGUGGGUCUCCUUGGAGGAACACCAGGAUGCUUUGGAACUUAUUAUGAGCAAAUACAGAAAACACAUGCUACAGCUGAUGAUGAAAAGAAAAGAUAUAGAUGCUCAACCGGUUUUGAACGUGCAUCAAACUCAAUCUGCUGAAAUCAUGACUCAAAUAGACAGAAUCUGUGAAAUGGGAGAUGUGAUGAGGAAAGCUGUAGAAGCAGACAACGACCAGUACUAUACUGUACAAGAAAAGCUGGCGCAGUUGGAGGUGAGAGACUGGGCAGCUUUAAAGUGUGGAGUAGGAGAGCAAGAAAUGCGUGCUUGUGUUUAUCAGAGUCGGAUGAAGGCCAUUUCUCUUGGGUUGACUACUGAUGAAUCCCCCCCUCCCCCCAAGAUGGCUGUGGUUCUUGCUGUAUCAAAUCAGGAGUGA